AUGGAUCCUGAUGUGAUAUGGACCUUGUGGAUGGCGACUUACUUAGUACCUAUGUCACUACCUUAUGUAACUGGUGGGGAUCGCCAACAGGGUUCUGGUUCUGAGAACACACCCCUGUCCACUAACGCAGCCACUCUAUCAAACAAACCCACGGCAUUGGCCAUGUUCUCAACAACUGACAUUGUUGCUGAUGGUGAAGUGUACUGUAAGCAGAUCAAUACUCUAGAUACCUAUUGUAAUCCACAUGCAGCUUCAGUUCGGCCGAUCACGGAGACUAGCUGCAGUGCAAUGCAAUGUCGUCACAUCAGAUCCCAAGCUCCCCAUGCAUGCAAGUACAGUACAAGAGUUAGGUGUCUUGAGACUGCAACAUUAAACCCGUCGUUUAGAGGUCCGUUUCAUGCAGCCACAAACGGUCCAAUUUUGUCCGAAUAUCAUACGACAGGCCGUAAAAAGAGAGAGCUCGAUGAUACAUAA